UUCCUACUCCAAGACGAUGGGAUGGAACGGCCGCCUGUCUUCUCACUGGAUGUCCUCGCCGAUCGCUCUUUGGUGAAGGACAUUGUCAAAGGUAUCAGUUGCUUUCACAAUGCUGUGGUUUAUUUUGUGUGGCUCCUGCAAAAAUUUCAAACUAACCUAUCCCCUUUGGAUAGGUGUAAUCUCAACCAUUUUCUUUCACCGAUUUUUCCCUACUGUCAGACCGAAGACUAGAGACCUAUUCGAUCUCACUUUGGUAUGCGAAAUCCUUAAAUUGCGGGCUCCUGCUGCGUCUCUUGGAAUCCUGCUAGGAUAUGGGGUGCCAUGCGGCGCGACUUGGAAAUAGUGCUGACCGCUCAAAUAGCCUGUGGUAGACGAUCCUGAGCUCGAUGAGUUUAUCAACCAACGUACCAAUGUUUUGAUAAGGUCGAUAGAAACCUCAGCAGGCGUUGGGACAAAGCCCCAACGCGGUCAGGUGGCAGGUACCGGCUCCACGGCCCCCCUCCCAACAUUACGCUCCCCCAGUGAUGUUAACCGAUUUCGAGUGUAUACAGUGGAGUUCUACGAGAGACGCCCAAAGAAGAAUUGGUUCUCAAAAGCUGAGGAGAAUGUCUGCUGGGAGCAAUGGAUGUUGACUGUCACGGUCGUCUCUGCAAGGACUGAUGCGGGUGCGUAGCGUUAUGUUUAUCAGCGUGGGGGCUUACUUUUAUUUUCGGACUGCUCAGCUGACUUGUAUGCACCAUAUAGACCGUGCCAAGCUCCGAACUUCUAUGGAGGCACAACUACAGGCCGCUGUUCUCAAUAUCAUUACCACGGCCAGCAUGAAGAAGGACCAUAUUCCGCCGAUCACCACCAACGAGGCCAAUCCGUUUCCCUACCAAAUUAUCGUCUCACCCAAGGGCGAGACUUGGGGUGCCCGAAUGGGGAUAUUCUCAAAUUAGGGAUUGGGGAUCGGUCUAGAUAAUCUUGCAAGUUGGUUGGGGUAGUAGAAUUGUUGAGGGCAAUGGCGGGGGAGAAACAAAAAAUGGGGAAGCUCGUUGAUAGGGCUUUGCUGUACAUUUGCAGUAGCAUGCCUCGGUGCUGAAUGGGAAUUUUUUUUUAUUUAGAGAGAGAGAGAGAGAGAACAGGGUUGUUUUGGUGUUUAGGCGUAUUGAUGGGUCAUGAGUUGGUUCCACAUUUUUCUUUCCCCCCCGUAUCCUUUUUUUGUUCAGACAACUUAGCCGUAUCUUCAUUCCCCCCCAGCCCCUUGCGGCCGAUGUGGUUCUGUUUCCACAAAGUACAUAAUAUGUAGUUAUAUGAUGAUCCUUAUGAUGGCUGUUGGAAGUGUACUAUACUAUGGUUACCCACGAAUGUAGAGAUAUGAGAGGAAGGGAGGGGAGGGGAAAAAAGAAAAAGAAAAGACGUCUCGUAAAGUCCAGCAUGCAAGGAAGCACGGUAGUGUAAUAAAAGCCGUGUGGUGUGUUCAUUCACCCAGCCAUCGGAUCAUUAAUGGAAAGCAAGAAGCAAUGCACGAGUGCUAUCAUACAUAAUGUGAUAUUAAGUGCGCAAGCUAGGAGGGAGCAUCUGCAGGCAUGUAUGACCGCUACGGUAGAGCAGAUGAUUAACCUGUGGUACGGGUAUCAGAGGCAGCGAGUGUCAUACGGCACGUUAACCUACGGCAAAAUAUCCAGGCAGCAAGAAGGGGAUAACGUCGUGAAGUAAAGCAAGCAUGGUCUGGUGAGCAGAACCAUUCCUCCCUCCUCCGCUCGGUUUUGCGCGGGGCGUGACACACGAGACGGCGAUAUGGAGGAUACCUGUACUGUAAGAUGUGGAACGCCCGCCCACACU